AAUUUAUUAUCGAGUGUGAUAACUGUGAUUUGUGCGUACAGUCUUACAAUAGAUAUAAUAAAUACCCAGCCGAUAAUGCGUUAACUGUAGAUCAUGGUGCAGUGUAAAGUGCACUCAUAGUCAUUAGUGCCAAUAUCUUAAUAAUGAAAACGUGUUUUCGUAAAGGUAUAUAAAUACGAACAUAUGAAAAACCUCGUUUUAUUUUUCGUGACGUUGCAAUGUUCCGACAAGGCAACGCUGUUAAAAAAUCGAACUUUGAAACCUCCACCAAUUUUCAGUCUUCAAAUGGCUUAGAAAUAAAAAUCCCGGUCCCGUGGGGGCAUGUAGCUGGUAAAUGGUGGGGACCCACGAAUAUCCGACCCAUUUUAGUCCUCCAUGGGUGGCAAGAUAACUGCGACUCGUUCAAGCGAUUGCUCCCUUUAAUUAGUCAAGACGUGGGUUUCUUAGCUAUUGAUUUCCCAGGACAUGGUUACUCUUCACGUAUUCCCGACGGCUUCUACUAUCAUAGCAUGGGUUACGUGGUUCUGAUACAACGCGUGGUAGAUUUUUUCAAAUGGCCACAGGUAUCCCUGAUGGGUCAUUCCCUAGGCGCCAGUGUCGCGUUUUUGUACACUAUAAUAAACCCCCAAAAAGUAGACCUUUUGAUUUGCUUGGAUGCCGUUAAGCCAAUCACUGAAGACGGAAUUAUCAACACUAACUCGGAAAAAAUUUCGACAUUGAUGCACUACGAGAAACUUAGAAGGGAAAAUACGGAACCUCAAGCGUACACCUUGGAGGAAGUUAAACAAAAGAUUUCGAGGUUCCUUGACGGCUCGGUGGCGUACGAACACAGCCACCAUUUGGUGGAGCGAAGCGUUGCUCCGUCAAAGAGCCAACCUGGGAAAUACUGUUUUACAAGAGACCCUAGGUUAAAAAUAACCGAUUUAGUUAACUGGCGACAGAAGGACUUAGUACCGGGUGCACGCAGUAUGCAGUGUCCCGUUUUUGUUGCAAAAGCUACUAAUGGGUUUCACUUUGAAAAUCAGAAGUACGUGCAUGAAGUUGCAGACGCUCUUAAAGAAAGUGGUAACUGUGAGUUCCAUGUAUUGGAAGGAACGCAUCACUUGCAUCUCAAUAAUCCUGAAGUAUUAGCCGGGUUGAUUAUAAAGUUUCUUAAACAAUACGAUAAAUCGGAUAGAAGUGUCGGGGGAAUUAAGAAUGAAAUGGUUGUGUGCGAUCAACACAAAUUGUAGACGUUGUAUAUACAAAUAAUAAAACAUUUAAAGAUU